AUGGCAAGACUUCAAAGAUACAGGGACGUCGAUGGUGAUGUUGCCAUGGAUGGAUCAAGUCAGGCCAAUAAUACUCAGCGGGCGGAGGAAAUUCAAGAUUAUGCUGACUUUGAUGAAGAGGCAAUCCAGCAAUUCGAUCGAGAGGUUGAACAAUUCAUGACUACUUUGGACGACUUUUCUUUACCGGAAUACGUUCCAAUUGAUAAAUCCACCAAAAGAAUGGUUGACACUUUUAGGGUACAGGGGCACACCGAAUUAAUAUCUGGUUUGAAAGAGGAAUUAAUCAAAUCGACCGAUGCGUACUUGUUGAAUACGGUGGAAUAUCAACCAAAAGACAAGAAUCAUACCCAAUCGGUAUUGGAUAAAUCAAUCCAUGCGUUGAAACUGUUGGCGGAUAUGGAAUCGGAAAUCAAAGUGCUAACAAACGCCACCGAGUCUAUUAAAACGGUGGUGAAAAAUCGGUUCAUGGAGGAAGAGGAAUUGAGUUAUGAAACUAUUGGACAUUACAGAAACUUGGAAAAUCCUCCUGCAAACUUAAGCCAAUUAUUCACUGAUAUUUUUGGAGAAGAGACGGCGAAACUUGCUAAUGGCUCAAGUAAAGUGGAUAAGCAAUUACUAAAGCUUCAACAACAUGCGUUUGUCGUUCAACACCCACAGGAGCCGCUACCCGGGAAUCUAUCAGACAAUAGGGAUGAUGAUGACGAUGAUAUUGAAGUCGCUGGUGGGACGGUGGAAUUAGUCUGUCCUAUCUCCAGAAAACCAUUCCAGAAACCGGUGAUCACAACAUGUGGACAUACGUUUUCAAAAGCAUCAUUGGUUGAAGUGAUUCGAUCAAAUAAACAAUGUCCGAUUUCUGGGUGUGAAAGAUACUUGAAUAUACAAAAUACCAAACCUGAUCAUUUGAUGGAGCUUAGAGUUAAGAGUUUCACUGCCAUCAAAGAUAGAGAGGAGAAGGAAAGAAGACAGAAUAUUGAGGUUGUUGCUUAA